AUGCCAGCCAAGCCGCCACCACCACCGCCACCGGCACCGCCACCACCACCGGCCGAGCUGACAAUCCACCUGGCGCUCUACCCUUCCAUCCUGCAGCGUCACUCGGAUGCAAAGGGCCCCAACAACGACGGCCAGACGCUCGCCCACCUCGACCACUGGGCCCGCCACACGCUGCCGCACCAGAUCCUCUCGCGCAUCCAUGCGCAGCGAGGCCUGGACAAGGAUGAGCUCACCACCGUCGUCAAGUGGAAGAUGGCCAGGGGCAAGUUCCGACCCACCCUCCUACCCCUCGUCACCUCCAACGACGACAGCACCGUCAAGCGAAUCACGACCUCGGCCAUCGACGUCCUCUCGUCGUCGUCGUCGUCGUCGUCGUCGUCGGGGCAGGACGGAUUCGCACCCGUCCAGUCGGCCCUCGACACCCUGUGCCAGCUAAAGGGCGUGGGCGCCGCGACCGCAUCGGCCAUCCUCGCGCUCCUCUUUCCCGACCGCCUCGCCUUCCUCAGCGACGAGCUCGUAGACGUCGUCAUGCACGAAAAGCCAAAGUACACCCUGCCCUACUACGCAAAGGUGUGGACCAGGCUGACCCAACUCCAGGCCCAGGAUCGAGACGAAGACGGCGACGGCGACCAGCGGAGGCAGCAGUGGUCUCUAAGCGACUACGAGCUCGCAGCCUGGGCCCUCGCCGUGUCGCGCAAACUCGACGCUGCUCCGGCCGGGAAGAGGAAGGGCCCGGCGGACGAGCAACAAUUCAGCAAGAGGGCAAAGGAGGACCCGGCUCCAAGGCCAAAGAUCGAAGCCGCGCCGACGGCGGCGGGUGUGGGACCGCGCCGCUCCAGUCGAACCACGGCCUCGUCGGCAAGCAAGCUGAAAUGA